UGCGCGUUUUGGAUGAGAGCGCGGCUGAGCCGGAGCGGCGCGCGCUUCACGAGGAUGCUGCGGGGAAAUGCCUGCGGGAAGGGAGGAUGAUAUGUGCGGGAAGGCGCUCGAGCUGCUCUCGGAGCUGUGCUCACGUGGAGAAGUGCACAGCGACAAGUGCGCCGACUUCAUCUACUCCUUCCGUGAUCUGGGCAGACCGGACUACUCAGACUCCGAUGUGUCAGUGAGUCUGCUGUCGUUGAUGGUGACAUCAUGUGGCCUGGCUCUCUUUGGUGUCUCGCUCUUCGUGUCAUGGAAGUUGUUCUGGGUGCCAUGGCGCGACCGCUUCUGGCCCUCCAGCCUGAAGGAGCAGCAAGGUGAGCAGCAGCCGGUCCUGACCGAGGAGGAACUGUUGGAGCGCGAGUACAGCACCGAUUUCUUCAAGGACACUUCAGUGCCCACACUAGUGCCCGAGUCAGCCAUGAAAAUCAGCCACACGUCACCAGACAUCCAACUGGAGGCGCAGGCCAAAGCAAAGGAGCACAAUCAUGUACACAUUGCACGUGUGCAGAGGCAGAUCACCGACCCUACUUCAUCCGUUCGACAUAACUCCAUUCGGAGGCAAAUGAACCUCACGAGCCCUGAUUUCAGCCCGGCUCAGUUCCAGAGACAGGAAUCCUUAUCCGGGCCGGGUCUGGGUCGGAUUAAACCGGAGUUGUACAAGCAGCGCUCGGUGGACACGGAUGACGGAAGGAGAGCAGACAGCUGCGGACGUCUACACUUUGUCCUUAAGUAUGACUGUGACCUGGAACAGCUGAUCGUAAAGAUCCACAAGGCUGAGGAUCUGCCUGCCAAGGACUUCUCGGGGACGUCAGAUCCGUACGUGAAGAUCUAUCUACUGCCUGAGCGUAAGACCAAACAUCAGACCAAAGUGCACCGCAAGACCCUCAACCCUGUGUUUGAUGAGGUCUUCUUAUUUCCUGUGACCUACGGUGAGCUGCAUGCUCGCAAGCUGCACUUCAGCGUCUAUGAUUUUGACCGCUUCUCACGCCAUGAUCUCAUUGGCCAAGUAGUGGUGGACAACUUCUUGGAUUUGCCGGACUUCCCAGGGGAGACGAAACUGUGCAGAGAUAUUCUCUACGUCACUGCGGAUAACGUGGACUUGGGCGAUCUGAUGUUUUCACUCUGCUACCUUCCGACCGCUGGCCGACUCACCAUCACUAUCAUCAAAGCCAGGAACCUGAAAGCCAUGGACAUCACAGGAGCCUCAGACCCGUAUGUGAAAGUCUCCCUCAUGUGUGAUGGGCGGAGACUGAAAAAGCGAAAAACGUCCACCAAGAGGAACACUCUGAACCCCAUUUAUAACGAAGCCAUAGUUUUCGAUGUCCCUCCUGAGAACAUAGACCAAAUAAGUCUGUUAAUAGCAGUGAUGGACUACGAUCGUGUCGGCCAUAAUGAGAUUAUCGGUGUGUGUCGAGUGGGGAACAUGGCCGAGAGCCUGGGCCGAGAUCACUGGAACGAGAUGCUGACUUACCCACGCAAACCCAUCGCUCACUGGCAUCCACUCGUAGAGUGGAGCAGUGAGGGAAAUCCUGGAGGAAGCCAAGGUUCCUGCAACUCCCUCAAAACACCACCAUCACCCUGACACUUCACAGCUCACAGCUUUGGAGGGAAUACAGUGGGAGAGUAAGGCAUCUCAGCUAAAGGUCACUCAAAAUGUGUGCACACACUUGAUAAGGUGGUGCAUACAAAAAAAAAAGCGAACAAACAAAACCUUGGACUUUUUCUCAUGAAGAAAGGGCGCGUGUCUGUUCUACUGCAUGUCAAAUUGAGUGUGUGUGUGUGUGUGUGUGUGUGUGUGUGUGUGUGUAGGCUUUCAUUUAAAAAACAAGAAAGAAAAACAAAUUCCUAACAUGGUUAC